CGAGCCAGUAUUCAACUCGCUCCGUAGCGGAAAGGAACCUUCAUGGCUCUCCAAAUUUUGACUUUGGUUGCCGUAUCCGGCCUAGUGGCAGCGACUUCGGUGAGCCACGUCUCAUUUAGCUUCGGCAAUAAUGCCCCGAUAACGUACGAAGUGAGACCCGAUUCCAGCCACGCCUCUCCAUACCCACCUCCCAAACCAAAGCACAGAAAGCCCACCCCUCCGCCUAAAUAUGCAAAGCCCUCCACGACCACCACCGCACCCAAAUACGAGUCACCAACCCCUCGAACUUAUCCAACUACUGCGCCUCCUUCACAUUCGGCCUACACUCCUCCGGAGCUCACUUACCCUCCCACAACCGCAACGCCUGCCCCUACAUACCCACCCACAACGACCCCUGCCCAGACGACCACGCCAGAGCAAACCUAUGCCCCAACCACGACCACCACUACCACGACCAAAGCUCCAGUAUAUCAUCUUCAGCCUGCUUACCUGCCACGCCCUUCGUAUCAUCUCCGCCCUUCGUAUCACCCAAGACCUGCCCCAUCCUACCAUCCUGCCCCCUCCUACAGCCUCCCAAAAGUCCCAUCCUGCGUCGAGCUGACCAAUGCCACCUGGUGUCUAGAGGAUGAAGAGUACCCGGAAUAUGAAAUCAAACAUGCCAUUCAGUACCACCUGGAUAACUUCAACUUGCUCUACGCUGACGUAGCCGACCUCGACGCCGAGAAGUCCGUGGACGUGCCGGAUGCCGUGGAAGAGGAGACUUACCUCUGCCCUUCGGAGACGUCUUACAUCAGGCCCCUGAGGGCUCAGAAUACAGAUGGGAUCUGGAGGAUCGUCAUCAAUGACAUCAAAGUCCAUUACAAGACCUUCACGCAGACAACUCGCAUCGAGGAGUGUCUCACUGCAGGAGAAGAAUGCCCCAAGGUACCCAUGUGCUACGAAUCCAAGUGCCUUCAGAAGUCCGCCUACCACCGCUUCCUCGUCUACGACCCCUACGACUUGUACUUCCCCUUCGCCAUCGAGACGUUCAAGCUGCCUGCAAGCUGUGCUUGCCUCUUGGGAGGCUACACCAUCGACCAUUAAUGUUUCUUCCUCUCUUAAACAUUGAAACAAGGAUGAUUUGUUCUUUCUAAGAGCUACAAGAUAGUAUACUAACUACAAUACUAAUAUUUAUUCAUCGGUACGAAAAGAAAGCAGUUCUCUAGUCAUCUGUCUGUGAUAUGUAUCUAUUUAUGUCCAUGCUUUGUUGUAUACAAGAAUUCGGGCCUCGUGCAAUAUAUAUCUUAAAAAAAGAAAUAAAUAUGUUUUUGCUUCUUAGUACCCAACCUAUUCCAUUCUAUAUAUGUUUAGUAAAGGGAUAUUAGACCAUCAUAAAGUCAUUGAAUGUUGGACAAAAUAUUUCAUGUAGGUUAACU